AUGGCUUCCUCUGACCGAAGUGAGACCCCGGACUCGGACGGUGACCGAAAGUCUGGGUCCCGAGAUGGCUCGGGCCAGCCGCCCGCCCGCAAACGACAGCGUGUCCGCCUCAGCUGCCUCGAGUGCCGUCGCCGGAAGCUGUCGUGUGACCGGGGCUUCCCGUGUGAACGGUGCAUCAAAAGCGGCACGCCCGACCGUUGUAGCUACGAAUCCCGGAACGGAGAGGUCGUUAAUGCCUCGUCUGGCGUUCCGCCGCCCUUCGCUCAGCUCGACUCACGCCGUUUUGUCGAUCCCGCAACGGGAUUGUCCCCACGAGACCCUGAAUUUGUUCGCCAAGAUCACGAUCGAAUCCGCCGAUUAGAGCUCGAAAUAGCUCAGUUGAAGCACCAAAUAACGAGGCCUGGUGUGUCCUUUGAUGGAAGUACCCUCGCCGGCACGACCACAUCUCCCCAGACGAAGGAUGAUGCCAAUGCGAUUUCAAAUGCCGAGGACCCCUCGGUCCGUGAAGUACACGAGUCCAUCGAAGCUACCAACAUGUCAGCCGAGAAGGGAGAGCUUCGAUUCUUCCGUGGGAGGGGGUUCCGCACUCGAUACUUUGGUCCGCACAAUGCCAGCAUGGCCUUUGUCGAGUUGACGGGUUUGUGUCCGUUUAUGAAGGAGACGGCUGACGAGUGGCUUCGUCCUGUUAUUCUUCAUGAUCGCAAGGACCGCAAAAGACGACGCGAGGACCGUGAGAGGAUCUUCGAGGACGCCGAUCUAGAUUUGGAAGCUCUGUUACCGAGCAAAGAGGAGUCAGAUGCCCUCAUUGACGUUUACCUUGACCAGUUCGAGCAAGUCCAUCGAAUUGUUCACAUUCCCACGUUCAAGAAAGAAUACUCCGAGUACUGGACACCCGGCUCUACCAAACGUUAUGCUGCCUUCACGGCACUUAUUCUCUCAAUGAUGGCUGUUGCGAGCUGUGUUCACACUCACGAGAACAUCAAGUUCAUCGGCAUGAUGUCGAACGCUCGGCACUGGGCAGAGCGAUGGAUAAAGGCAUGUGAUGAGUGGUCGUCAAAACAGAGCCAAAAGCACCGGCGCUUGAUUAACUAUCAAGUAGCUUGUCUUUUGUAUCUUGGUAAGCGAGUCAACACCAUCAAGAAGAAGCGUUUCUGGACAGGCUCUGGAGCUUUGAUCCAGGACGGAAUUGCUGUCGGUUUACAUCGUGAGCCUAGCCAUAUGGCAGCAAAGAUCACCGUCUUUCACCAGGAAAUGCGCCGCAGGAUUUGGGCAACAGUUCAGGAGUUUGACAUGCAAGCAUCUUUUGACCACUGUCUGCCAACUCUGGUGAGCCAGCUUCACUACGACACCAACCCACCUCGCAAUUUGGACGAUGAUGACUUUGAUGAAAGUACAACUGUCCUUCCGCCAUCCAAGCCCGUGAAGGAGUAUACUUUCUCCUCUUUUCAACAUAUAGCUCGCCAGAGUCUGCCUCUGCGAUUGGAACUCAGCCGUCUGCUCACUGGUCCGUCGUCCGAAAUAGACUACGAACAGGUGAUUCGAUACACCAAUGACUUGACACAUGAGAUUGACGCCCUUCCUUCCUGGGAUAUGAACAUGGAGAAUGUCAGAGGAAAGAAAAAUCCUUUGAUUGCAUAUACGUUAUUACAUGUCCAGUUGAGACAGUACAUCAUUCCUCUGCACCAGCCCUAUCUUAAGCUCCGCAAACAAAACUCCAAAUAUCAGUACUCAGAAAUCAUCUACUAUAAUUCAGCUAGGGAUAUCGUUCUGUUACAUGACAAGUUAUACGAACAAGGCGUUCGCAGUCUCAACUUUCUCCGAGAAGAUGCUCUCACAACAGCCAUCAAUCUUUGCAGUGUUACAAUGCUGCAACCGAGAGGAUCCACCAAUAUGAUCAUGAUCAACUCGCACCAUACCCUCAAGCUGAUCGAAAAGUGUAUUGCAAUGAAGGAAGAUCGACUACUUCGAUGCGGCAAUAACGAGCCAUGGGGAUAUUCUAUUAUGUGUGCAGCACUGGGGUUGCUCGAGGCCCACCUGGGAACCAAGGAGCCCGAAGUUGCCAAGUCGACAUCAGCCGAACGCUUUGUCAACUUACACUACCGUCUUCUUGCCAACCAAGAGCCUCCAGUGUCUGGGGAACUGGCAGCCGUCAUGAACGGCGUGCCAAUGGGUAACAUGGGACCUGGGAACAUCCCGCUGCAUGAUCGGCCAAAGGUAAUGAGGCUUGACUUCCACGGCAUGGCGUUUCCUAAUAUUGGUAUCCAGUCGGUGACCCCUUACUCGUUUACGCCUACAAUGCACACUGCUCAGCUCGACCCGAACCAGGCCCCGUGGAUGCUGGGUGGAGAUCCCACACAGCCGUUCAACUUGGAUCCGAGUCUGGAGUUGUUGGGUCUGAAUCUUAACGAGAUCUGGGGCGAGUCCUGGGAGUUGGGUUGA